AUGACCUCUACAGCUUGCUUAGCUCUGAUUGCUUUCUGGCUCCACUUGUCAGACGCUAACUGCCCUCCAGGAUGCCUGUGCACCUCGGACAUUGUAAACUGUGGUUCUGUGGGUAUGGAGAGAUUUCCCCCUGUAUUACCCCCCACCACUUCCACCCUGGAGCUCAGCCAUAAUCGGCUCACAUGGCUGGCACCGGGCACCUUCCAUGGACUGGCCAGGCUGAAUGUUCUGUGUAUGUCUCAUAACCAAAUUUCUUUGUUGAGCCCUGCAGCCUUCCACAACACCAGCACUUUACACCACCUUGACCUCUCUUCCAACAGACUGCAGACGGUGGGGAGACAUCCUUUCCAAGACCUGCUGGGGUUGGAGGAACUGCUGCUCUACAAUAACCGCAUCAGCCAUGUAGAGAGCAAUGCUCUGAUGGGGCUGAGCAACCUCAGGAAGGUUUACCUGAGCCUCAACCAGAUUACAGACUUCCCCUUUUUCUCUAUCCGCAAGCAUAGCCAUCCUAAGCUGGUCGCUCUGGACCUCUCGUCUAACCGCAUAUCCCGACUGCCUCUGGAUGAUAUCAUUGUGUUGCCUGUGACUGUACAAAGAGGCUUGUUCAUCCAUAAUAACAGCUUUGUAUGCGACUGUUCCACAUAUCGCAUGUUUUGGCACUGGGAGAAGGAGGGUUAUGAAGCUGUCAGAGAGUUUAAGGAUGAAUAUUCAUGCCAGAUUUUUGGAGAACCACUUGUCUCCAUCAACUUCCUCCACAGCCCUCGCUUCUUUGAUAACUGUACCAUCGAGAAGAUGAUUUCUUUGAUCUCCCCCAAGGCUGACAUGAGAGUCUAUGAGGGGGAUCAGGUCAGAAUAGAUUGUACUGGUACCCUUAGCAACGUGGUUCUCUCGUACUCUUGGGUUAUUCCUCACCAACACAACAUGACUGAUUUGAUUCGAAAUGGCACCCUGCGGCUGAACAAAGACGGCAGUCUGGAGAUCCUAUCUGUCCGGCUAAGGGACUCCGGACUCUACAGCUGCCUAGCUGUGGACACGGUCGGGAUGAUUAAUGAAACCCGUGAAGUGAACCUGACUGUAGAUCCUCGCCGUUUGCAUUCAGAGCCGUUCAGCACAGGACACACCACCCUGCUGAGCUGCGCCAUCACUCUCUUCCUCAUACUUGUCUAUCUUUUUCUAACGCCUUGUCGCUGUGGCUACUGCGGAGCCUCACCGACCUCGCCAGCAAUCUCUAGCUUCGAGGAGGAUCGCCAGUCUCUGGCUUUCAUCUUUGGUGUUUCACCAAAGCUUAUGGAUAACUGCAACUCUGACAAGCGUUUGGCGUUCCUUGAGCCGCCCAUGGAAGAAACAAAUGGCCAUCUCAGAGCAGAAUUAAAAGCUGACUAGAAGAAUGGUGGGAUCAUAUGCAGCACUGGUUUUGUGUAGAAAGGUCUGAUCAUUCAGUUCAGGUGUACAGAUGUAAAAUGGUUCUGUUGUUGCUUUCUUUUAAUGUAUUACAAUAAACCAGUUCAGCAUGAGAUCAAACAGCCAUGGCUGUUUGUCCGUAUAUUUGAUUUGGCACAGGUUUUACCCCUUCCUGUCGUGACCCUUCCAUUUUAUCCAGGCUUGGGACCGGCACUGAGAGUUAACUCUUCAGUGGCUGGGUUGGUUUGGCUGGG